AUGGAUGCUUCCGAGUGCCAGCCGGAGAACGUGUGGCAGCUGUACCCACUGACCAUAGCCAUCCUGUCCGUGUCCUGUGCUGUCGGCGUGCUGGGCAACGGGCUGGUGCUGUGGAUGACCUUUUUCCGGAUCACCCGCACUGUCACCACCGUCUGGUUCUCCAACCUGGCCCUGGCUGAUUUCGUCGUCUUAGCGUCCCUGCCGAUCUCCAUACACUACGUGGUGCGGGGCGAGUGGCCCUUCAGUGGAUGGGCCUGCAAAUUCUACAUGGCCUUUCUGGCCCUUAACUUCUUCGUCAGCAUCUACCUUCUGGUCCUCAUCUCUGUGGACCGCUGCAUCCUCGUCUUCUACCCCGUCUGGGCCCGGAACCAGCGCACCGUGAGGCGAGCGAGCUGGCUGGCCGCCGCCGUGUGGCUCCUGGCGGCUGCCGCGUGCUUCCCGUACUUGCGGUUCCGGGACAUCAUGCCCUCGCACGGAUGUAACCACUGCUACUUCAAUUUCAGCUUAGAGAAAGGGAGAGCCGGGGAUACGAAUCCAGCGGCUUCGCAGAGACAGAUGGAGGUGAUCAUCCUUCACUUCCUGCUGGGCUUCCUGGUGCCCGUGGCCAUCAUUGGGACCUGCACCCACCUCAUCCGAACCAGGCUCCGACAGAAGGGUUGGGUCCACACCAGCCGGCCGAAGAGGUUGUUGGUGGUGCUGCAGAUGCUCAUCCUCUGGGCCACCUUCUCCUUGGGCUGCCUCAACAGCUGUCUCAACCCCUUCCUCUAUGUCUUCAUCGGCAGAGAUUUCCGGGAAAGGUGCUUCCAGUCUUUGUCUUCUACCUUGGCCAAGGCGUUCGGUGACGAGGGUUUCAUCAGUCAUAUUGUCCCUGAGGUGAAGCCCUCAGGGAAUGAUGGUUCUGGUCAGGUAGAAGUCACAAAUGUCCCUUCUUAG